CUAGGCUGAGCGACGGGCAACCCCUCCUAUGGCUAUCGAAACUCUGGAUCCCGGCGGCUAGAGUCGGCCACUGCGAGGAGCGGGGCUGGGCUUUGCGGGCGCUUGUUGUUGUCCGGCCGGGGAGAGCAGAGGUCGCUGACUCGUCGCCGUCGUUCGUUCGUUCGCGGGGCUCUCUGUGGCGGUCGGCAAGCAGGUCGGUCGCGGUAGUCGGGCGCCGUGCAGGGGCGAGGCUAUGUCGCGGUGGCAGCCCGGACGGGCCGGCAGGGCCUGGAGUAACGGGACGUCGCCGCAGAGCUCCUUCCCCCGGAUACAGCGCGACCCUAGCGGAGGCCGCACCGCUGCCCUCCGGUCUUGAAGAGCUCGCGCCUCCCGAAGCCCGCCCAGCUUUCUCGCCGGCACCGCCGCCGCCCGCCCCGGCCCGGUCGUGCCCCGCCCAGUAGAGCCUAGCCUAGCAGGCAGCACUAGUCCUUCUGAGUGCAGACCCCUUCCCCAAGGACAUGAAGCUCUUGGAGAACUCGAGCUUCGAGGCCAUCAACUCGCAGCUGACAGUGGAGACUGGAGAUGCCCACAUUAUUGGCAGAAUUGAGAGCUACUCCUGUAAGAUGGCAGGAGACGAUAAACACAUGUUCAAGCAGUUCUGCCAGGAGGGCCAGCCACACGUGCUUGAGGCACUGUCCCCACCCCAGACCUCAGGCCUCAGUCCUAGUAGAUUGAGCAAAAGCCAAGGCGGCGAGGAUGAGAGCCCCCUCAGCGACAAGUGCAGCCGGAAGACACUCUUCUACCUGAUUGCCACACUCAACGAGUCCUUCCGCCCUGACUAUGACUUCAGCACAGCCCGAAGCCACGAGUUCAGCCGGGAACCCAGCCUCAGCUGGGUGGUGAAUGCGGUCAACUGCAGCCUGUUCUCAGCUGUGCGUGAAGACUUCGAGGCUCUGAAGCCAAAGCUGUGGAACGCAGUGGACGAAGAGAUCUGCCUGGCUGAAUGUGACAUCUACAGCUACAACCCAGACCUGGACUCAGACCCCUUUGGGGAGGAUGGCAGCCUCUGGUCCUUCAACUACUUCUUCUACAACAAGCGGCUCAAGAGGAUUGUCUUCUUCAGCUGCCGAUCCAUCAGUGGCUCCACCUACACUCCCUCGGAGGCAGGAAAUGAACUGGACAUGGAGCUGGGAGAGGAAGAAGAGGAGGAAGAAGAGGAGGAAGAGACCAGGGUUGGAGGCAGGGAGGGUGCCCUGGAGGAGACCAGCGCCAUGGAGGAGGACAGGGUCCCAGUGAUCUGUAUGUGAGGAGCAGGAGCAGAGGCCCGGGCUUCAUCCAGCUUCCACCAGUGCGUGGACCUGUCCAUUUGGGGGCGGGGCCUGCUGCUACUGCCCAAUUCCAGCACAACCGUGGCCACGCCCACCUAGCCCUUGGCCCCUCUUCCCAGGGCUCCCGCUGCCCACACUGUUGCUGGACAGGACAGCACAGGGACUGGUGGGAAGGGCCACUGCCUUCCCCUCACGAACUGACCGGCAGGGCAGCUGGAUUACAGAGUUUAUUUUUGUAUUUUGUACUGGGUCAGGCCUGGGCCUGCACACUCCAGCCCAAGGGGCCUGAGUGGCCAUUCAGCCUGGGCCCACCCUUACCCCUCACCUUGCCCAUUGGGCAGCCGUGCACUGAGUGUCACUUUGCUGCAGCUCGUUUGUUUCCAAUAAAAGUUUCUGUGA